AUGGCGACUGAGGCCAAGCAGAUGUUAGAAAAGCCAGUGGAAGCUAUGCUAGCGUUGGUGAACUCCUGGCCCCCCUCCGUGUGUCCGCAGAACGGCGACCUCAAGAAGCAGCUCCACGCGAGGCCGCCGCGGAUCGCCGCGCUCAGAGACAAACAAGCUCUGGGACCCAUCACUGCCGUGCCGGUCACGGGGCCUCAGGUCAGCUCCUUGCAGAGGCUGGCCGGGCAAGGAGUGGCACUGCUACCUCAGGCCGCCAUCACGUCUUCUCUGAGCAGUGCCGGGGUGGCCUACGCCAUCAUCUCCACGGCCCCCAGCAAUGCCGCCGCCAUCGCCCCCAGCGCCGCCGUGUCCGUGGUCAGCGACAGCAUCAAAGUCCAGCCCCUCCUCAUCAGUACCGACAACAAGGAUAAGAUGUCCAGGGCGGUCCCGCACGCGCUUUCCGGCCUCAGCUGCUGUUUGUGUUGCCGCCUCCAUAUCCCCCCGACAGUCAUUGUGAAGAAAGAGACCCUCCUCCAGCUGCUGGCCCGGCCCUGGGGGCCUGUCUGGCGGGCCACGCUGGGAGUGCCUGUGAGAUGUGAGCAGCAGGCCAGCGGCUCCCUGGCUCUGCGGCCUGCUUUAUUGGAGGCCAGUCCGACUCCUGCAGUGGCCGGUGGAGCAGAGGUCCUGGAGGAGGGUCCUGAGUGGGCACCGCUGACUGCUCCCGACUCCAUGCACGUCUGGAGUCAGACAGACCUGGGCUGUGAACUGGGCGCUAUUGCUUACCGGCUGUGGGACCUGGAGCAGUUUACCUGCAUCUGCAUUGGGGAUAAAGGAGCUGACUUCUCCUGCCCUCGCUGCGGGAGUGCCGGGGUGGCCUACGCCAUCAUCUCCACGGCCCCCAGCAAUGCCGCCGCCAUCGCCCCCAGCGCCGCCGUGUCCGUGGUCAGCGACAGCAUCAAAGUCCAGCCCCUCCUCAUCAGUACCGACAACAAGGUCAUCAUCAUUCAGCCUCAAGUGCAGACCCAACCCGAGAGCAAGGCCGAGUCGCGGCCGCCCACGGAGGAGCCAUCUCAGGGAGCUCAGGCCUCCAAGAGGAAGGAAGACCGGCCCCCGAGCCAGGAGAACCCCGAGAAAAUCGCCUUCAUGGUGGCGCUGGGCCUGGUUACCACGGAGCACCUGGAAGAAAUCCAGAGCAAACGCCAGGAGCGGAAGCGGAGAAGCACCGCCAACCCCACCUACAGCGGCCUCCUGGAGACCGAGAGGAAGCGGCUGGCGUCCAGCUACCUGAACAGCCCCCUGUUCCUCACGGCACGAGCCAAUGAGGAGCCCUGCUGGAAGAGCGAGAUCGCCCACGAUGAGCACUGCACUGCCUGCCAGAGAGGGGCUGACCUGCAGCCCUGCGGCACCUGCCCGGGGGCCUACCACCUCGGCUGCCUGGACCCACCCCUCAAGACAGCGCCCAAGGGCGUGUGGGUGUGCCCCAAGUGCCAGCAGAAGGCCUUAAAGAAAGACGAAGCUGUGCCCUGGACCGGGAUGCUGGCCAUCGUGCGCUCCUACGUCACCCACAAGACAGUCAAAGAAGAGGAGAAGCAAAAGCUGCUGCAGAGAGGCAGCCAGCUGCAGAGCGAGCACCGGCAGCUGGAGGAGCGGGACCGGCGCCUGGCCUCAGCCGUGAAGAAAUGCCUGGAGCUGAAGAUGAGCCUGCUGGCCCGGCAGAGGGGCACCCAGUCAUCCUUGGACCGCCUGCGGGCCCUCCUGAGACUGAUACAGGGCGAGCAGAUGCUCCAGGUCACCAUGACGACCACCAGCCCCGCCUCGCUGCUGGCCGGGCCCUGGACCAAGCCCUCAGCAGCAGCCAUGCACGCGGCCCUCCAGCACCCCCAGGGACACAACUGACUCCGAGGCUGGUCUUCACACCCACGGAGUCACUGGGACCCGCCCACAGACCGGGGGUUCUGUCAGCCUUAACUCAUGAACAAUGUGAAUUUCAGACAAGAACAGAACCAGACAGAACAAGACAGGAGGAAGGGCAGUGGAGCGAGCGAGAGUCCUAGUUCUCCAGCCGGGGGUGGGGGUGGAGCCCCCCCACACGUUCAGACGGGACCCCAUCACAUUCAGGUGGGGCGCACCAUCAGCCUGCUGUGGUGGGACUGCCCAGGCCUCUUGCUUGCAGCACGGCUGUCCCCACACCUCCCUUGUGCAGAAGUGUGAGGGGCCAGGGCGCCCCGCUGAGAGCCAGCGUGCCCCAGCCCCUGAGGACCGUGUCCGGUGGGGAGGAGCCGGACGCAGACGUAGCCGAGUAGUGCAGGUAGUUGGACAGAAGUGGGUAGCGAAUCUAGGUAGGACGCCAGGGCCCUCCCUCAUGGGGCCAUGCCCAGGCUGGGUGCUCGUGCCUUCCAGAACGCCCAGGCCCACCUGUCAGUAUUAGCAGCUGUUUGACUUGAAACUCUGCGUUCAAGGGGAUGCUGCUGCGUUCCCCGCCAGUGCCACUGCCCCCCAAGUCCCUACGCGCCCUCGCCUGCGCCUCCUCCCUCUCGCGGAUGCUUUGGGCUCAUUUUGCUGUGGGAGCCUUUUCCUCCUGGAGUUUCCCGGCCAGACGGCGCCGCAGCCGCGCGGGAGGCAUGGCGCACGUUUUCAGUUUGGGGCUGAACCAUUCCACUUCCGCGGGAGCCUUUUAUUCUUUCCUUCCGAAGAGCCGAUGAAGUAUUCCACUCCUGGUUUCUUGCCAGUGCGGACACGAUGCCAAAAAAUGACUACGUUUUUGUGUGGCGUUUUUAUUGUGAGAUAUUUAAUGUGAAGGGGGCACGCUUAGAGUCUGUCUCUGCUCACAGUGGCCUCCGCUGCCACUGGCCCCGAGACACCCGAGGGUGGGCGGGGAGGGGGCGUGGCCUCGGGAGGUGUGUCCUUUGGAGACAGAGCCCCUCUCGCCCUCUCCUGGAGGGUGUGCUGGCCUCUUAAAGGGCUCCUGUGUCACCCCCACCCCCUCCUCCAGUCCCCAGGGACCUAGCACAGCAAACAGAAGCACCGGGAGCCGCAGGGCUCCCACCCCCAGCAUAUCACACGGUGCCAAAUUGCAUUGAACACGCGCGUGCGUGUGGGCACACCCGCGGAGCAGGGAGGCUGGUCCGAGCUGCAGGCUGCCCCGGCCCCUGCCGUCCUGGCCACGACUCCGGGAGAAACUGUGUUGUACGAUACAGAUCUAUUUUAAUACACUCAACGCUGGUUGAACAAGAUUUUUAUAUUCUUUUAUCGAUGAGCAAAGCGAACUGUGAGGCACACGUCUUCUAUAUUGGUUACUGUUGACGCCGAUUAUGCAUUCCCGCGUGGCUCACCAUGCGAGGUCUUCAGGUUCUUUCUCGGUUCGUUUCCUUCUUGGGUGGAUUGAACUAAACUUUAAGAAAUGUAAUGGGAGGAUGUGAAAGGUUGGACCCGGGAGGGGUAGCUGCUGACGUGUCUUGAGACUUAGUUUUUCGGACCCAGGAGGCCCGUCCAGUGGGUAGUAAAGGAUAGAGACAAGUGUUCGUCGUCAAUUUGCCCGUGUAGUUCGUCUGUACGACGCAUUAAACUCGAUUGAUGAUCGCAGA